AUGGACCUGAACGAUUUGAAAGACACGGUCUCCAACCUGACCUUGUACGACCUCAAGGCAGGAUUCAGGAAGGCGCAGAAUGCCGUCAUGAACUAUACGGAAAUGGAGGCAAAGGUGCGAGAGGCGACUAAUAAUGAGCCUUGGGGAGCGUCGUCAACCUUGAUGCAAGAAAUCGCCAAUGGCACCUUCAACUACCAAACUCUGAACGAGAUCAUGCCCAUGAUCUACCGCCGAUUCACCGAAAAGUCCGCCGAGGAGUGGCGGCAAAUCUACAAGGCCCUCCAGCUUCUCGAGUUUCUCAUCAAGCACGGUUCUGAGCGCGUCAUCGACGAUGCCCGAGGCCAUCUCACGCUGCUCAAGAUGCUACGACAGUUCCACUUCAUCGACAUGAACGGAAAGGACCAGGGUAUCAACGUACGCAACCGCGCCAAGGAGCUGGCCGAGCUGCUAGGCGAUGUCGAAAGGAUCCGAACCGAGAGGAAAAAGGCGAGGGCAACAAAGAACAAGUACACCGGCGUCGAGGGUGGCAUCGGAGGCGGCUUCUCGAGCGGGGGAGGCAGCCGCUAUGGCGGAUUCGGCAGCGAAUCUGGUGGCUACGGCGGCAGCUCUACCGAGUUCGGUGGGUAUUCUGGUGGCGUGUACGGCGACGGAGGUGGCUUUGGAGGCCAGGAGCCCAAUGACUUCCGCAGCGGGGGCGGGAGGUCAGAUCGUUUCGAGGAGUACGACGAAGAGGAGGACACCAGACCGGCGGCCAGCUCGUCCAGAACCUCCCGCCGGUCUGAGCGAUCUUCGAAGAAAUCCUCUGCUGAGCCACCCAAGAAGAAGGAACCCGAGGUGGAUCUGUUCUCUUUCGAUGACCCUGCCCCGGCCACUUCUGCGCCAGCGCCAUCAGACGGAUCUGGUUUGGCGGAUUUCGGCGUCUCCAGCGGAAACAUAGGCGCUGCCGCUGCUUCUGGCAACGACGACGACGAGUUUGAUGACUUCCAAUCCGCUGCGCCUGCCCCAGCUGCAGCAGCAUCUGGCUCCAACGUGCUGUCGCAACCACUAUCACCGCCAUCCGCACAGAGCACCGCGCAGUUUGCAGCACCGCAGCCCCAGUCUGGACCUCAGCAGGCCAACCUCAACAGCAUGGUGAACUUUUCGUCGAUAUCGCCGGCACCGAGUGCGUCAGGCACGCCUGGCGCCAACUACUCUGCCUUCGGCGCCCCCGCGGCGGCACAGCCACAGGCGCCCAAGCCCACGAGCUUCCAGCCCUCGGGGCCAAACUAUUUCGGUGGCAUCCAGUCGCAGUCAUCUGGAGCCGCACCAGCUGCGGGUAUGGCCCCGGCCAGCACAGGCAUGUCGGGCUUCUCGUCUGCCUCGAAUGCCGCACCAAGUACCAUGGCCAGCAUGAAGCCAGUAACAAGCCCUGGCGCCAAGCCGGCCGCUGCGCCUGGGGGCGGCGACGCAUUUGGCGCGUUGUGGGGCAAGGCGAGCGCUGGCAUCAAGAAGUCCAGCACACCGACAACGGGGCCUGCCAUGGGCCAGCUGGCCAAGGAGAAGAGCAGCGCUGGUAUCUGGGGUGCCCCGUCAUCUGCGCCUCAGCAGCCAUCCGGCGGCGCACAGCCUCAAGGCGGCUCCGCAUCCGACGACUUGCUUGGAUAG